AUGAACAUUCCUUUCGAGGUCUUCAGUCGUGACAAUCCUACCAUCACUGGCCAAACUCCUAUCAUUCUUGCCUCCCUCGAUGCCACUGUCCGCUCCUAUUGGCGACGUGCCGUUGCUGAGCUUCGUUCGGACUUUCAGCUCAACCGUCUAGUGGUUGAUGAAGCUCAUCUUCUGCUCACUGAAUCCACCUACCGUGAUGUUAUGAAUCAUGUCAAGGAGCUUCGAGAGCAUCGUGUUCAGAUGGUCUUACUCUCUGCCACCAUUGCUCCUAGUUCUAUAUCCGAUCUUCGCUCUCAGGCCAAUCUGGCUAAAGGCCUCCUAACUGACAUCAUUCGAGCUUCUUCCAAUCGUCCUGAGCUUUGCUUUCAAACUCCAGUUCCUUAUGAGAGCUUCGCCGAGAGUCUCGAUAAGAUCACCAAUCGCAUCACUAGCAAAGUCAACUCCUACAAAAACUCGCCUCACCUUCGUGCACUUGUCUUUGUUCAAAGACUAGCUCAUGGCACACGGCUAGCACGGGAGCUUGGCUGCGACUUCUACCGAGGUAGCUCUGAUGACACUAUAUCAGAUGCUCAGAGAGAAGCUAUGACCCAGCGAUGGCUGUCUGGUCACCAUCCAGUUAUGGUGGCUACAGAUGCCUUUGGUCCUGGAAAUGACUAUCCUCAUGUUCAGGAUGUCUUUCUAGUUGGCUCUCCUCGUGGUGUUGUCGACUUCCUGCAGAUGGCUGGGCGUGGUGGCCGCGAUGGCAACAGAGCUAGCAUUGUGGUCUUCUCUCUUGGCGACACAGUCCCUAUCCCCUCUGCUGCUGACAGACAUGUUGGUAGAGCUGAGCUGGAGCCUUUGAUCAAGAAUCCGCACCUCCGCUGCUGGCGAUCAGUGUUCUGUAAAUUCCUUGAUGGAGUUGAACAUCGCUGCAUCCUCAAUCCGUACGAUUGGCUAUGCCCAUCAUGCAUGAAGCAUGCACCCGCAGACUAUACGUAUCCAGCUGCUUGGAUGGGCCCAGAUGGAAAACUUCAGAAGGCGAAGACUCUCUCCCCGAACCUGAUUCCAGUAGAGCCGGUUCUAUCCCCUGUGCUUGUUGCGAAAGGCCGUGCUCGUGCUCCAUCAUUCCUAUCACUGUCUUCGACAACACCUGUCAACACCUUUAGUGGAGCUACUCUAUCAGCUGGAACUGCAUUUGAUGGACCUAUGCAGGUGUCGAAGAAGGCACGAGAGGUGGUGGAUAUGGAGGACAAGGAGGAGGUGGAUAGGAUGUGGAGGGCGAUUCGUGUGUUUGAGGGCCGGUGCUCUGUAUGCCAGCUGUUGCGACCUGAGCAGCGGGCUGAAAAGCAUGCGGUUAUGCACUGUCCGGUGAUGGUGGAGCUUCUAAAGCAGACGAAUGGUAAGAAGCACCGGAGUGGGGACUAUUUGGAUUGGAGGUCGAAAAUCCAGUAUGUGAAGGGAACGUAUGUGUGCUACAAGUGCCACAUACCUUUCUUCCAUGACCGGGUGCAUCGAGCGAAGGUGGGGAAAGACAAAGGGUGUCUGAAGGAACAUGAUGAUAUGGUGGCGCCGUUGGUUUGGGCUAUGUAUAUGGAUGAUGGACUUCGGAAGUGGCUUGAAGGUAGAAUUGGGAUGAGGUGGGGGGAUGAUUUGGAGUAUAGGCAAUGGAAGAUGGUGAUAGUUGAUAUGUGA